AUGUCAACUAUUAUUUAUGCAGUGUUACAUGUAAUCUUAAGUAUAUUUAUCCCAUCUGCUAAUCUACUGGUAAUCAUUGUCAUCUGUCAGUUGAAGAAGAAGAGAUCAAGCAGAAACUAUGUCUUCAUCCUCAACUUGGCAGCUGCUGAUCUACUUGUGGGUGUGAUGUGCAUUGGAGACGCUUUGGAGGAUGCAACAGAUGCACUGUUUGAUACAAAUUCGGUUUUUUGUCUUAUAAGGAUCUGCGUGGGUAUUACUCCUUGUAUUGGCUCUAUUCUCACCUUGCUCCUGGUUUCUUUGGACAAAUAUUUGGCAGUGAAACUGCCCCUUCGUUAUCCCUCCCUUAUGAGCAAGAAACGUGUAAUCCUUUCUCUUGUAGUCCUCUGGGUUCUUCCCUUCUUGGUAGGACACAUGCCACUUAUUUCUUCAGGAUUGCGGCAGAACAAAUUGAAAGGUAACUGUGGACUCCUGGCUGCUGCCAAAAGUGAUUACCUCUACAUAAUUUGUUUUGGUAUUUUCAUCCCUGCUUUGUUGACCUUGGUGUGUUUGCAUAUCUCAGUAGGAAGGAUUGCCUAUCUACAGCAUAAGCAGAUCCAGCGCUCUUGCUUGCAUGCAGCCAUCCCCUCUGUUCAUCUCUGUAACUUCAAAGCUCUAAGGACCAUCCUUAUUGUGAUUGUUUGCUUCAUUGUAUUCUGGGGCCCUUAUUAUGGGACUGCCAUUGUGAAAGCUACCUGUAAAUCCUGCAAUCUGAGCCCACUGUUGAGGGAUUUUUUUAUUCCUCCUAGGAGAAACCAAUUCACUGGUAAACCCAUUUGUGCAUUCCUUGUACAACAAGGAUAUAAGGACUGA